AUGGUCUCGCUCGCAGCCUCUUCUCCUCCUCCAGUUUCCUGUGAUGAUCUGGAUCGCUCCCGCAACUUUGCCUUGGGCGGCGAGGUGGACAGCCCCGAUCAGCUCGAGCAAGACUGGUGCGUUGACGCCAGAGCAGGAUGCGUCGACCAGUGGGCGGCGGAUGGCAACGAGAGCACAUACUGGGACGAAGAGGAUAAUCAAAGUCAGUAUCACCUGAGGAUCCGGAGAAAGAAGGAGGAGGAGGAGGUCAACAUCAGCGGGGUGAGCAUAUCAGGAUACGAGCAGCACAAGUUCGCUCCUCGGUCCUUCCAGCUCGUCUGUGAUGAAGCCCUGGUAGCUGAUGUAGCUGAUGCCCGCUACCGCAACAACGUCUUCGAGACCUGCUUCCCUCCUGUUCCUUGCCGCGUCCUCGACCUUAUCAUCUUCCAGUCUUACGGAAGCUCCCCGGCUGUCCGGGAGAUCAAACUGCUGGCGAAGUCGCAAUCGUCGGCCAGGUCAACGCAUGGCAAGCUGCUCCUGCCUGCGUCAGCCCAGAGCUCCACAUGUGCACAUUUAGCAGGGCAACUCCUCCUGUGCUUGGGGAAGGGGAACCAGGAGGUUUGUCAAGGCGAUAGGAUCGCGCACUGGAACUGCAUCAAGGGGGAGGCGGACGCAAGCAAGCAGGGGCUGAACGGACAUCGGAGCUUGAAUCGCCUCAAGGAAUACAGGUGGAGCAGCGGUGAAGAGAAGCGACGCACUGACAAGAGCGUCAGAUACGGUUACCUCCUCUACAACCCCUUCGACAUUUACUUCGCUGUCGCCAUCGAGCUCUACGGAGAAUGGAGUGAGAAGGAGGUGGAGGUGAGGCAUGGGCGUGCGGUAGGGCCCACAGGUCGCGUGAUCGGCUUCGAACCGCAACGGGUUGUCUACCAGAUGGCAUCCGCCAAUGUCGCUCUGAAUGGAUUGUGGAAUGUCGUUCUCUACAACGCUGGGGCAGGGAACUCAAGCGACGCCAUGCCAGUAAUGCCAAUCGCAUCCUACCACCCCAACGCCCUCAGAAACUUCGGCAGCGUACGCGUGGGAAUGGUGCCGGAUGAGGAGGAGACAAGUAUAGAGCAUGUUCGUAUCAUGAGUAUCGAUGAGCUACAGCUUCCAGCCUGCGACUUCAUCAAGAUCGACGCAGAAGGUUUCGAGACGCAAGUGAUCCAAGGAGGAUGGACGACAAUCAGCGCGUUUCUCCCCACCAUCUACUUCGAGGACAACGAACUUAACGGGAGGAUCGGAUGCUCAGCUACCACACAGCGACUGAAGACCGAGCUCGGCUACGACUGCUACCACCAUGCAGCACCAUACUUCAACAGCGACAACUGGCACAAGGAGCGCAUCGACUACUUCUUCGUAGGAGGGGAGCCAACACUGUCCUACAUGAUCCUGUGUGUUCAUGCGUCGAGAAUCCUUGCACCGCCUCAGCUAGUGCAAUUACCUUGCACUUGA